AUAAAGAAAUACUCCGGUGGGGUAUUUCUAACGGGUCAUUUCUGGUUCUGGUUUGGAUCCAGCAGUGACAUUCCUCGUUUGCGCCAAUUUCAUCUUCUCUGAGAUCGAACCAAGAGAGACAGAGAAAAAAACCAGGCAAUUGAAUCAAGUAAUGGCGGACCGCUUCUUUCCGAACGAGAUGCCUGAUUUCGUCCCAGAAUCGGCCGAAGCGGCGGGGGAGAAAGCUCAAGAUUCACUCACGAAGCUUCUGCGUCUUCCUUACAACAACUUCGCGGAGAGAAUUAAGCAAUCGGCGAUGGAGCUUAAACAAACGAUUGUGGAGGAGACCUGGGUAGCUAAGGGGAGACGCGUGAGUGACUAUUCACUAUACACUGGGGCUCUCGGGACGGCUUUUUUGCUGUUCAGAGCAUUUCGGGUUAACGAAGAUAGGAACGAUCUUGCUUUGUGCUUGGAGAUAAUCAGUGCUUGUGAGUCUGCUUCUUGCAGUUCCGGGAGGGUCACAUUCAUAUGUGGGCAAGCAGGUGUAUGUGCUCUUGGUGCAGUUUUGGCGAAGCACAUGGGAAAUGAGCAGUUGUUUAACCACUAUUUGGCUCAAUUUAAGGAGAUUAAGCUUCCCAAGGAUCUUCCGGAUGAAUUACUAUAUGGGAGAGUAGGUUACUUAUGGGCGUGUUCGUUCAUAAACAAGAAUAUUGGUCAAGGGAUAAUAAGUACAUCCAAAAUGCGAGCAGCAGUAGAUGAUGUUGUAAGGUCUGGCCGCAAAAUGGCAAAAGGUGGGUGCCCUUUGAUGUAUGAAUGGCAUGGGAAAAAGUACUGGGGAGCUGCCCAUGGUUUGGCUGGUAUCAUGAAUGUAUUGAUGGAUAUGGAACUCGAACCGGAUGAGCAGGAGGAUGUGAAAUCCACCCUAAGGUAUCUGAUCAGUAACCGGUUUCCCAGUGGGAAUUACCCUUCAAGUGAAAGAAGCGAAUCGGACCGUCUUGUUCAUUGGUGUCAUGGUGCUCCUGGUCUUGCUCUUACUCUCACAAAGGCUGCAAAGGUUUUCAACAGUGAAGAGUUUCGACAAGCCGCUGUGGAUGCAGCCGAGGUGGUAUGGGAGAGGGGACUGCUGAAACGAGUCGGGCUCUGUCACGGCAUCAGCGGAAACACCUACGUGUUUCUCUCACUGUACCGUUUAACGGGUGACGCGAAAUAUCUGUACCGGGCAAAGGCAUUUGCUUGCUUCUUGCACGAUAGAGCUCAGGCUCUUGUGUCACAUGGAAUUAUGCACGGCGGCGAUUGCCCGUACUCUCUGUUUGAAGGGGUGGGAGGUAUGGCGUAUCUGUUUCUCGACAUGUGGGACCCACUCGGCGCUAGGUUUCCUGGUUAUGAACUUUAGCUCUCUUUCUCUGCAAAGGAUAUGAAUGUGAUACGAUGUGUUGUUCUUGUUCUGAAAAAUGGUUUGGUGUUGAAUUGAUGAUUAGAAAUGGAUGUGUUGAUGUCUUAGCAAUAAUGUUCUUAGCAGUUG